CCUCUAAUGUAUCAAAGUCACUUUUGGAUGCAAUGAUUAGGAUCACGAGCUAAAACGUGCGCCCAAGUUAGAUCCCUUAUUCUCAUAUAAUUUUGGAUUUAUUAACCUUAUCGCUACAACCCUAUAUAACUCUCAUCGUACAACCUAUCAUUCAUCAACAAAAACACACUUAAACAUCUAUCUAUCAUACAUUUAUAUACAGAAUAAAACAAACAAAAAAUGGCCCAAACUUGUUCGAUUUUCUUCAUUCCCUACAUGAUGCUUCUCUUGUCUCUGUUGGCCGCCGGAGUAGCCACAAUCACCGACGGGGAACUGCUUUCCUCGAUGGUUGGAGUCCAAGGUCUCAUCUACUGCAAACAAGGAUCUAAGCUUACCCCUCUCCAAGGUGCAGUGGCGAGAGUGACAUGUGAGAGAGCUGAUGAAUAUGGUUACGAAGCGGAGGAUGUGACGGUGCUUAGCCAAGCGACGGAUGCGAAGGGUUAUUUCUUGGCUACGCUUUCUUCGUCGGAGGUGAAGGAUUAUAAGAAGCAGGUGAUGAAGAUCAAAGAGUGUAGGGCGUUUCUUGAGCUUUCUCCUUCUGACACGUGUUCUUUCCCGACCGAGAUCAACCGUGGAAUCAGCGGAGCCAUUCUCCAAAACUAUCGUCUCCUAGAAAACAAGCUUAAGAUGAAGCUUUUCACCGUUGGCCCUUUCGUCUUCUCGCCCGAGGAAACUCACGACAAGUCUAUCCCCAACGGCUACUAAAUUUAACAAUAUAAUGUUUUUUUUUUUUUUUCAGUUUCUAAUGCCCUAAAUGGGUCCUAUUGGCCCAUCAAAAUAUAUUUAUGUAUCUAGUGGCUUUUUGAUUGCUUAAAUCACACAUGCAAAAAUUACUGAAUCAUCUAUUAAUGCAUGUGAUUUUUUAACUUUCU